AUGGGACAAGUGCCCAGCACAGCAGCGUACAUCUUAUCGUUUGUUAUUGCUGAUUUUAAAUGUCAAAGUGUUAUUGGUUUAGACGCAUGCAUUCACAUGAACCUAAUAAACAGAGUGAACAGUAUAAAUAUAAAUAGACAAUAUAAUGAUUUGUUUCAUGGGCUAGGUAAAUUACCUGGAAAAUACACUAUUUCUAUAGACGAAUCCGUUCAGCCAGUUUUAUGUUCUGCGAGAAAAAUACCGUUAGGUAUGCGUGAUAAACUCCUCUGUGAGUUACAAAGAAUGAUGGACCUCGGUGUAAUUAGGAAGGUGACUCAUCCGACCAAUUGGGUGAAUGCUAUUGUAUUGGCGCCAAAGAAAAAUGGCGACAUUCGUUUGUGCCUCGACCCGCGACCAUUAAACCCCGCCUGCCGACAGUGA